AUGGAAGUGGUUAAGAAGCUGGUUUCGGUUCCUCCGGCCUGGGAUGAGGCUAGUCAAAAGGCGUUGUUGCAACCUUACGAUCACAUUGCUUCAAAACCAGGCAAGAAUUUUAGGUCUAAGCUGAUCGGCGUGUUCAACAUGAUAUAUGGCAUUCCAGAGGGCAAGAUCGAGCUGGUGACGAGGCUGGUGGACAUUUUGCAUAAUGCGAGUCUUCUUAUUGACGAUAUUGAGGAUAAUUCGCAGAUUAGACGCGGUUUGACCGCGUCACAUCUGAUAUUUGGCACACCGAUGACUAUCAAUACGGCAAACUACAUGUAUUUCGGUGCUAUGGAGAUCCUACAGGACAUCGCCAGGGAUGACAAUGUACUGCUGAGGGAUUUGAUGGUGAUCUUUAACGAAGAGAUGAUAAACUUGCAUAGAGGCCAGGGCCUCGACAUUUACUGGAGGGAUAGCCUGCCCAAGAUCAUUCCGGAUGACCAAAUGUACUUCAACAUGGUCAUGAAUAAAACUGGCGGUCUUUUUAGGCUAACGGUGAGAAUAUUGGAGAGGCUGACCGCGGCACCGCUACCGUUUUCUCUUGUCCCGCUGAGCAAUUUGCUUGGGAUCAUAUACCAGGUAAGAGAUGACUAUAAAAACUUGCUCGACAAGCAGAUGAUUGCCAACAAAGGCCUGGCGGAGGAUAUAUCCGAGGGGAAGCUUUCGUUUCCUAUCAUCCACGGUUUGCGCUAUGGUCAAGAGAAGGACGACACGACUCUGCUGUAUAUCUUGAAGCUGAGAACCACUGACGCUUCGUUGAAACACGAAGCUAUCGAUUAUCUGCAAAACACAAGCAAGUCGAUGGAUUAUGCGAAGAGAACGAUUGCGGAACUCACGGCCUUGGCCAAGAGCAAAGAGUAUAUACCCUGCCAAGCUUACGCUGAAGCGUCAGCGCAGUUGCUGAAUGUCGUGGACUACCUCUCGAAACUCUAA